GUUUCCGUGGCCGUGAUCUUGCAUGCAGCCUUCGCCAAGUCGGCCUCAAAGUGAUGGACCACGCUCGAGCACCCCUCGAAGAGGUGUGGGAAUGAAAUCCAAACGUCCUAUGGAGGCGAAUAGCCACAACAUCCACCAUGCCCCGGCGGCGCUUUCAAUCCCCCUCAAGCCCACCGACAAACCCGUAGCUCAUUUCCCCCCCACGUUUUACAACACCAUCGUCAAGGAGUACGCAACCAAGUACCUUGAGCAGAUGCACGCACUCCCAACACCAGACAAUAUCGCCAUGGUCAUUGCCAACAUGCCACUGCAAAAGUGUAGGGUGUCUGCAGCGUGGAAGUCCCGCGGGUGCUUGUCCGAUGUGCUGACAAUCGACGCGCGGUGGCCCCGGUCGACCGACCCACACGGUUCAAGCGGUGCCGUGGACGUGGCAUUGCCCACCCUGUCGCCUCGUCCAAGCUCGCCAACAACCAACGACGGCCUCGGACGAGUGUUUGGCACCGACCUCGAGAUCAACUACAGCGUCGAGCAUGUUCAGUGGUCGUUCAACGACCUCAAACACCGCUAUGUGUACCCUUUCAAUCAGAUUCACAAGGUGCCGAUCGGCAACGAUGCCCAGGGUUAUCCCCAGGCUACAUCUGUUACGUUCUCGCUCGUUCCCGAACGACGCAUCUACCAGCCGUCGCAAGCUGCCCUGGACGAACUCAUGAUGCCUCCAUCCACACUAACGUUCGAGGCCAUUUCACAGCUCCAAACGGCAUUUUUCAAUGUCGUUCCGUUCGACAUGGUCGAUAUUCCAGACCCGAAAGACCAGCACCUCCUUCGACAGCACUUGACGUGCCCCGCGACGCUGCAUCUCGUGGGCUUCCUGGCCCAUUAUCUGUACUGGACGGUUCUGCGACCAUUAGCUGAGAAAUGCGCCGCCAUCCAAGCCAACUCAACCCCCGCCGCAGUGUCGACCAACCAAGCAGACCCGUUACCCCGUCGGUCAUCGUCGUCGUCCCCCAGGCGUCGUAAUUCUCUUCAGCAUCCGUCGACACCCCCUUCCAAACUCAUGCCUGCCGACAUUGAGCAACUGCUCGUGUCGACCACCGAGUCGUUCGAGUCAAUCAAAAAAUCGCUGGCUGCGAGCAUCCCGACGACCACGACCAAGCCGACACUACCGAUGCUGCCGCUGUUUGUGCUCUCGCUACGGGUUGCCAUCGACACGAUUUUCCGCACGACAUAUCCCAAAUGGAUGGACUCGAGUACCCUGCGCAUCGAGCCGACGCUGCUGGCAUUGAGCAAUCGCAUGGACGCCAUGCUGGACCCCCAUGGGUACUACGACCGCAUUGGAGCCAUCGAAGCGUCAGCCGACGCGAUUAAUUUCAUGAGAACCCACGCAUUCAAGAUGCAGAAACGACGGGGACCUCGGCUACGUGAAGCGUAUUUUGCAAUGUCCACAACCAUGCAAUCCAUCAUGCCCAUGCCGUCUUCGGGAGGGCCUCGACGAUUGCUAGUCGAGGGUGGUGGCGGAAACUACCAGAGAUCCCGUCAACCAUCGCGUUCAAGGACCAAGAUAUCUUCUCAGAAGGAAGGGCUGCCGUCGUCGCUGUUGUCGCUGGGAAAUCGUCUCAAGUUGCUCAAACUGCACGACGAUCGGGGGGCGACAGCAUGAGAUCGAUUCCAUUGUUUUUGGGGAUGCCGUGCGUCAGCCGAAGCACGAUCAUGCCGGUCACACGUGCACAUCUGAAAUGACCUGGUGUACACCACCAUGAAAUGGUUCAAAACAUUGUAUCGAGCGUUAUGGAUUAAGGUUGGGCGUGGUUGGCGGCGGCGGCGGCGUCGAGGGCGGCCAAGAUGCGAGCGGGGCUACCACGGGCAUCCGUGACGAGCUGACGUCCGUCCUUGGUGACAAUCUUGCCGGCGGCGUCCAAGAACACAAGGGUCGGGAUCGUCUUGACUUCAAACAGUUGCUUCGCCAACACAUCCUUUUGCUCGCGGUUCUUGAAAGGCAAGGCGUAGAAAGGCAUUUCCCCGUAGUAUUCGUCAAACGAUGCGUCGUCUUUGUCCGACGACACAAACACAAUCGCAACGUCCUUGAUAUCGUCGUCGACAAAUUGGUCGUAUGCGUCGCUCAAGAGCGGGGUGAAGCCGCGGCAAGGCGGGCACCAGUGCGCCGAAAAGUAGAUGCCAACGUAUUUCUUGCCGCCAAGGACUUGUUCCGUUGGGAGCACGCCGUCCUUGGUCUGGAGUUCGGCGCCAAAGUACGUCGUCCACGUCAUGGUCGUUGCUGUGCUUGGGGAAAAAAGUCAAA